AGUCUUCAGUGUUUCUCCGCGCUUCCGUUCGUGCGUUUAGGUUGUGGUUCGUUGUGGAAGCGAGUAACGUCGGUUUCGAAGUUGAAAUUAGUGUUUUUCGGAGAGAAGUAACAAAGUCAUCGCUUUUUAAGUAACGUGAAGAAAAUGGCUGAAAGUAAGGGUGCGUUGAUUGCGAAAACAGUGCAAAAACAUGCAGGCAGAGCGAAGGAGAAGUUUCUUCAGAAUUUGGGCAAAGUGGAUAGGACCGCGGAUGACAUAUUCGACGAACAUCUGCAGAAUUUCAUGAGACAGCAAAAUGCCGCGAACAGAUUGCAAAAAGAGUUCAACAAUUACAUCAGGUGUGUUCGAGCGGUUCAAGCAGCGUCGAAAACACUCAUGGAUUCCCUAAACGAGAUCUACGAAAGUCAAUGGACAGGACAUGAUCUUUUGUACGUGCAGGCUCAAAAUUUAGACAUGCUGUGGCAGGACUUCACCCAUAAGCUUGCUGAUCAGGUUCUCGUGCCUCUCAACACAUAUCAGAGCCAAUUCCCAGAGAUGAGGAAAAAAAUUGACAAGCGUGGACGGAAGCUAGUAGAUUAUGACAGUCAAAGACAUAAUUUCCAAUCGCUACAGUGUAAUCCAAGGAAACGGGACGAGCUGAAAGUUUCUCGAGGAAAAGAGUUACUGGAGGAAGCUAAGCGUACAUACGAGCAACUAAAUUCCGAACUUCAUGACGAGCUACCAGCUUUGUACGAUUCGCGUGUUCUCUUCCUCGUUACUAAUUUACAAACGCUAUUCGCCGCUGAACAAGUGUUCCAUACUGAAAGUGCUAAGGUCUAUUCUGAGCUAGAAGCAAUCGUCGAUAAAUUGGCCAACGAAAGCCAGAGAGGAUCAUACACGCUGAAGAAGAGUACAGAGCCACAAUCUCCAAAAUCGCCUAACGCCAAUUCUGCUUUAAUAAUCAAUACACAACCAGCUCAGAACAACAUUUCGCCAGCCGUGGAUGAGUCUGCUCCAGAAGCAAGAAACACAUCGCCGACUACUCAAUUAAAUGGCAAUGCUAACAGCAAUGCUAACAGCAAUGCUAACAGCAAUGCUAACAGCAAUGAUAAUUCUCUCAAUAAUCAGGAUGCAUCUCCGCAAAACACAGUUGUGGCCUCUAAGCGAGUAGAAGAGCUGUACGAUAUUCCAGUUGACGUGGAAUAUGAAAAUGGUACCAAUUUCUCUCUAGGGGCAACGACUGACAACUUGCCACCUGGUGUUCUGUACAGAGUCAAGGCUACUUACAAAUAUAGACGUGAAGACGUGGAUGAAUUGUCAUUUGAUGUUGGUGAUAUUAUUCGUGUGGUAGAGUAUGAUGAUCCAGAAGAACAGGAACAAGGUUGGUUAAUGGGCAUCAAAGAAGAUACUAAUGAAAAGGGUAUGUUCCCAGCAAAUUUCACAAAACCACUGUGAAAAAUUUACUAAAUUCGUCUAUUACACUCCAAUGCUCACUGAAACGGCGUAUUCUAUUUUGAGAAUAGUUACAAUAUUCAAAGUGAGAAUCACACAGUCAUCUGAGGUAUUAUACAUAUGAAAGAAAUAAAUAAUAAAUACACAAUGAGGGGCAAUGGGAAGGGGAAAGGGGUGUGAUGAGAUAGUUAUGCUGGAGGGUACUGUGGAAAAUUAAGCACCCCAAAGUGCCUUAACCCAGCCACUGUCUGUGCCAACAUUCAUUGUUUGUAAUAUGGGAUUUUUCUCCCAUAUCCCAUGUACGAAUACACAUCAUUAAUAAUCAAAUGAAAUAUUUAAGUAAUUAAAUAAUAUAUUGUAAUACAUCACGCAGUACUAUAAUAUAAAACUUAUAUAUUAAAUUAAUAUUAUUUUAUGAAAGUGUACAUAGAAUUAUACAUUUUAAGAAUAUUUUAUGGAAUAACUUUGUGGCCACUGAAAUUAUCAGUAAGAACUAAUUGUAAUGUUUAAGACACCUCUAUAAUGCCCUCUUUUGGCAGCCAGUUAUCAAACUUUAAAAAUCCAAUUAUCUGUCUGCAUUCUUAUAUUAAGAUUUUAUUUACUUUGUGACGAAAAAUUAGGACUCGACCCAGACAACGGUAUUAACAUAGAUAACAUGCCAAACUUUCAACGCAAUUCAAUAGCAUAUAACGAAAUAAUACAACUAAUACAUCCUUACUUCAAUACAUUGCUACAUAAGAGCAAAAUAUUAUAAUAUUUAAAUUAAUGAGAGCAUUAGGAUAAUAAAAUUUUCUACAUAAUUCUAUUGAGAAGAGUAUUAUAAGUUCUACUAAUGACACAUAUUUGAAGAUUCGUUCUUAAAAAUUUAUUUAUAUUUUUUAUUAUAUUAUAUAUAUUUGUUCUAUAACUAAGUAUCUUUCUCUGGUAUACAUACAUAGAACAUCGAAUGGCGAUGAUCAAUUAAAUUACUAUUACUGCCCUUACAUCCACUGUAGCAAGAAUAGAACUAGUGGUCCAAGGAAAACAAUUUGUAGUGCUAAUUAAUACUCGUUAAAUAGAUUUAUUAAGAAAAUUUUACAUCAAACUUUAUGUAACAAAUAGCGUUAUAAUAAUAGAUGAUUACGAAGUAGUGCGAGGAGAUUACUGAUUUCAGCUUCCAUUAAGUUGUGUGUCUUUUUAUUUUACUGUAUUGAUCUGAGACAUACAGAACACAGGAAAGUUGGAUUGUUUAUAAAUGAAAAGUUUUAUGGUUGACCGAUUGAUCCAUUGUCACACUAAUUAUUAAUCCCAUGUACAAAUUCAAACUGUGGACGAAUAUGUUAAUGCGUCAUAUAUUACAGGUGCAUAUUAAGAAAAUAUGUUGACCACAUGUUACAAUUACAUAGUUAUGAUAAUCAUAAUGAUAGGGAACGGACGUAUAUUUAUAUUCUACGAAGAGGACCAACAGAAAAAGUAAUUGAAAAGCAAAAAAAUAUUUAAAUAAUAAUAAUAACAAAAACAAUAGCAUCAGUAUACUCUGUUUUUAAGUAUGUAUAACUAGAAUCUAGUAAUUUAUACGGAAAUUCCAUAUGAAUUUCCAACUCAUAUCAAGAAUAUAAUAAAUUUAAUAUACAAAAAAAUUGAUAGCUAUACAUUAUAAUACGACACAUCAUGCUUCACUUUAAUAUUACUCUUGCAAUUAUGACAUAAUUUGAAUAAGUACACAAGUACAUUCCAUUGAACUACAUACAAAUAAAUAUUUAGUAAAUAAAAUUUUUCUUUCAAGAAAAAGCAAUAUAAAAUUUUAAUAUAUAAUCUGUUAUCAUUGAAAUUGUUAUAUUAUAUCACAUUUAAUAUACGAUUUAAAAGUGAAGUGUGAAAAGUGUUUGUUCUAAAUUUUAAUUAAUCUAUUUUGUUCAUUUUUAAGUAUACUUUGCAAUAAUUAAAAAAGAAAUAUCCAAAAUAUGUAUUGCGAACGUGCCAAAAUGUUAUAUAUGCGACUGUUAGAUUAAAAUUGAACUCAAGUUUUGAUAUUACCUAGAACAGUUACGGACAUUGAAAACGCGAAUAUUUACAAAAUGUAUUGAAAGCUAUAUGCGUUUCAGCAAUAAUACGAAUAAUACUAAUUGUUCGGCAGUAGGUCUAUUAAUAUUACUAAUAUGAUAAAUUAUUUAUUUCAUUGGAAAAUUAAACAAAUGCAUUUAAUUAACUUAAAGAAGAUAAGUGAUAUAUUGUUCUUUUUUACUUUUCGGUAAAAACGAUGUACAUUACAAAUUUGCCAACAAUAUUAUAUAUAAUGUAAAUGAUAUGUUAGUUAAUUAUAACUGAUAUCAUAAAAUAAUUGCACUUAAUAUUUCAUUUUAAUAUACUUCUGUAGCAUAAGGUCAUUAUUACGAAUAAUUUCAAAGAUAGAUUAUACAACGAAAUGUGCUUGAAAGUAAUAAUUAUGUCUACUUAUCUUCUUUAUGUUGUAUUUAUUUAUUAAUGUAACAUAGGAGCAUAAAUUGUUAAUAUUAAUUAGAAUUUUGAAUGCACCCAAGUAAUAAUAUUGAGGUUUAAAAUUUAGUGUAGCAGUGGAGCAAUCAAUUGUUAUAUCAUUUGUCAUUUUUAUGUCUUGUUGUUUAUUUUACUGAAUCAGUUAGUCAUAUCUUUAUAACCUUAAUAUAAACUAUAAUGCGUAUAUAUAUGUAUAUAUAUAAUAUAUAUAUAUACAUUUAUCGCUUUAAUUGUCCUUUUCAAUUGAAGACGAUUAUAAUAAAUGAUUACUGGUUUGUAACAUAAGUGUUUAUGAUUCAAA